CUCGCGCUUCCUCUUCGCUGGGCUGCAGAACUACCGUCAGGCAUUCGGCGAAAAUGGUAAAUUACGGGGGAGACGAAGUCUCGGCUUUGGUCGUAGACAUUGGGACGUCAUCUCUUCGUGCGGGGUACGCGGGAGAUGACACGCCCAAGGCUAUCAUCCCGACAUCAUAUGGGUUUAUUGAGCUUCCGCAAGAACAACAGCAGUAUGGUGAAGGCAGCGGCGAUGGGGACGUGACUAUGGCAGAGGGGGACACCGCAACAAACGGCGACGCUGCGCCUAAGCCCGAGAAGUCAAAUCCGAAGGUGAAGCUAUACAUUGGCCAGAAUGGGCCGUCCAUGUGGAGGGAGGGCAUGCAAAUAGCCAACCCUGUGCAGAACGGGAUAAUCACAAACUUCGAUCCCAUACCUCCACUUAUUGAGCAUGCACUGAGAGACGUCAUGCACUGUGACCCGUCAGAACAUCCUAUACUCGUGACCGAACCGGCAUGGAACACCGCUGCAAAUCGAGAACGCAUGGCGGAGAUCAUGUUCGAGGAGUUCAACGUACCGGCCUUCUACAUAUCGAACACGAGUGUCCUAAACGCCUUCGCAGCAGGCAAGGGCUCGGCAUACGUUAUUGACAUCGGCAGCUCUGACGCCAGCGUCACACCCGUCAUUGACGGCUUUGUGCUGCGAAGAGGCCUCGCGCAUUCCGCUCUUCCCCAACUUGUACAAGCGCACGCCCGACACCUUCUGACGACUCCAACCAGCAGGCGCCCCGGCAUUGAGCUGUGGCCACAACAGUUGAUUUCCAGCAGACAGUCCAUAGAUCCUGCUUUGCCCCCGAAGUUCGAGCUGCGGCAAGAUCGAAUAGCAGGCACCACGGACACCUGGAGAGCAUGGGCAGAAGCACGGGAAGUGGAAGAAUGGGUUCAGAGUGUCGCUGGUGUGUUGGAUCAAGGCUGGAACGAACAAGCGGCGAGUGCUCGAGGGGCACGACACUACGAGUUUCCCACCGGCUACAGCAACUAUUUCAGCGCCGCGGAACGAUACUCCGUGGGAGAACAGCUAUUCACUCAUUCACCACAACUGGCAUCCAACCCCAACCUCCCCAAGACCAUCCCUGCUCUGAUCAGCGGCUCCCUGAGCGCAUGCGAUCCUGAGAUCAGACAGGUCCUCAUGGGCAACGUGGUCCUCACCGGCGGCGGGAGUCUCUUUGCUGGGUUUGUUGAUCGUCUCCAGAACGAGCUGUCUCGGAACUUUCCUCACGUGCGUACCGCAAAAAUUCAUGCCCCGGGCAACCCUACCGAGCGCCGGUUCGGUGCAUGGCUCGGUGGGAGCAUCCUGGCGAGUCUGGGGACGUUCCAUCAAUUGUGGAUUAGCAAGGAGGAGUGGCAGGAGCACGGCAAGGCGAUUGUUGGCCAACGGUGCAAGUAAGGGGCGGUCAGGUGUAGUAGGCGAAGGCUAUGUGACCUCCUUUCAAGUUGUUCGAUGGACAGAUGAAACAGGAUGAAAACGCCAAUGAUGCGUUGAUAUUGUAUCAAUGCGAUCAAUGCAGGAUACGCUACAUGUACAUGUCUCGCAUUCAUAUCCAGGGAUAUGAUCAGAAACACUUCCAUUGUGUCUCAGCUCAGUUCGUCAAUCCAGGGUAUCCCGCGGAAGAGGCGACUGUAUUGCAUGAAGAUAUAGUACAUAAACAGACGCAACGUGAUAUCUCCCUAUGAGGAACUGCC